AUGUUAGGAAAGGUUCUGUUCCUCCGUGUAUCACCUCUAAAUGCUGAAAAGUGUAUAAUCAUUGAAAAAGGUCAGCUAGCCCAUCCUACUAUUGAGCGUGAGCUGUAUGGCUUCAUCGUCGAGUCGUUCAUCACGACCACACGACGCUACACCGUAGAUCACGCCAAGCUCGCAGCAUCCCUGAAGCUGGAAGAUAAUGCUAAUAUCAUAGUGAUGCCAUAUAGCGAUGAGAUGCUGCAAGCUGUACUCGACUACGACAGGACCAUCGCUGGGCACGACCGCGGAGAUUAUCUGCGUCCAUACAUACAGGCCUAUAAGAAGCUGACGUUUGUAGCGACAGAUGCUGAAGGCAAGAUCACAGGUUUUGCCAUUGCCAACAACAUGGUCGGCAAUAUAAAUUAUAGCAUCUGUCCACUCUACGGUGACAUGGAGCAGGUACAGAGUGAUCUGAUGAGGCAGGUGUUAAUGGCCCUGCCGGAUGCAUCAGAGAUCAGUAUCUAUACACCUGAUGACAACAUACAAGCGACAAGAAUGCUAGAGGCGCUUGGAACUCGCACCGAUUUACUUACAAAGCGACUGUACACGAAACACGAAGUGAAGCUACCAUUAGAAAAGGUCGCGUCUGUUCUUAAUUUGGGCGUCUUUGUUAUCUAG